AUGUUUCGAUUGACAGUGAUCGCAGGUUUUCUAACGGUUUUGGGAUGUGUCAACGCACACACAUAUCACCUGGGAGCAUGUCCAGUCGUCGAGCCGAUGUCUGGAUUUGAUAUGAAUAAGAUGCUGGGGAUAUGGUACGUCAUACAGAAGACCUCGACAGCGUCCCACUGCAUAACAUACAACUUCACGCGUACCGACGAGCCUGGCAAAUACGAACUUGAGCAGGUCUCCCAACAUUUCCUCCUUGGUCUGACGCCCCUCGAACACGACUACAGAUAUAAAGGAGUUCUCACCGUAACUGAUCCCGCGGUACCUGGUAGAAUGAAAGUGAGAUUUCCUCUGAGCGUUGCUGGAUCCGCGAGUUACACAGUCAUGAUGACGGACUACUCUACGUACGCGUCCAUAUUCACUUGCCAGAAACUAGCGUUUGCGCACAGACGGUCGGCCACCAUACUCUCCAGGACGAAGGAACUUGACAAGAUGUACGUGGACAAGAUGCGGACUAAGCUCGCGUCAUUUGGCGUGGACCCCUACGACUUGUCGAUUAUAUCCCAGUCCGAGUGCCCCAAGCAUCCGAACGGCACCGAGGGUGUGAACAUAAACAUCAACCCCGACACCUUCUCACCUCAUAGCAUUGGGGAGGCCGUGCGAAAGACCGGUGGUGUGAUCGCCGAUGGCGUGGAGUAUGUCGUGGAAACUGGAAAGAAGGUGUACCACAAAGUGGCCGACAGCAAGGAAGAUCUCUCUGAAACGCCAACAUCGCACGGAAACCGCCUUUCCGCUAGACCAGACGACGAUGCUGAAUGGUUGCCA